AUGCAAUGCACAGGAGCUGAGAGGGAAUUUGGAAACUUUCAAAUGAAUCCUAACGACGAGGUUCCAACGGAAAUUUCUAACAGUGAUGAGGAACUGUUAAAUAGCUUUGACCCAACCGUUCCUGAAUUGAAGAAAAUGGAAAAAGAAGUUAAAAAACCUGCAUAUUCUGAACUACCCCAACCAGAAACCCCUGUGGAAGACAUAAAAAACAGAAGAUUCAAAAAUGUAACAGAGGAGCAACUAAAAAAUUAUCACGACUCUCAUCAGUCAUCCUCAACAAAGAAAAACACAGUGUGGGGGAUGAAAAUUUUUCAAGAUUGGAACAUGGAAACAUAUGGGGAAUACCUAGACACAUAUAUAGUGUCAGCUGUCAGUCUUGGAGAAAUCUUGAUGAAAUUUUAUUGUGAAGCGGUUCCUCAAAAGAAAGCAGGUGGAAAUGCCUCCACUGAUGUAUAUCAUAAAAAUUCUCUAAUUAAUAUAAGAGGAGCUAUAAACCGCCAUCUUCAAGAUAUCAAUAGAAAUAUUGACAUAGUGAGGGACAAAGAAUUUAAAAUGGCUAAUCGAGCACUUGAUGGUUUGUUGAAAGAAAGAAUGAGGUCCGGAACUUCCCUCCCCACAAAUCACAAAGAAAUCAUAGAACCAGCUGACCUUCAAAAAAUGUUCACUUACUUGAAAAAGGGCUCCUCUUCUCCAGUCAUUCUGAGACACGCUGUUUGGUUCCUCACAUCAAUUCAUUUCUUGUCAAGGGGGCUGGAAUUGCACCACCAACUCAACUUAAAGUCUUUUGAAUUUAAAAAUGAUGAAAAUGGGGAAUACGUAACUUUAUCACACGACACACAGCAGAAAAAUUUCCAAGGUGGAAUCAGAAGUGCAGAAGCACCAUCCGACAAGAGGAUGUAUGCUGAUGAUACAGAAUGCUGUCCGGUUAAAAUGUUAAAACUAUUAUUAGAAAAGACCCCCUCUGAUGCCACAUCACUGUUCAACCAGUAUGAUAAAGCUGCCCUGGCCAAUUCAGAAAGAGCAGUUUGGUUCACAUCCAAGCCAUUAUCCAAACGCACCUUUCAGAAUUUUUUACCUGAAAUUUGCAAAAAUGCUGGUGUUGAAAAGAGGCCACAGAAACGAAUCUUCAUUACGAUCCUACAGCAGGACUGUCUCAACUUCUCAAAAAAGAGCCCUAAGUACGACAUUAUCUUCACUGAAGACACAAACCUCGUCAGCAACCAUGUGCGAUGCGCAACAUGCUGUAGUUCCUCGCCCUGCUAUCCAAAAUGA